CAUUCAGUAACCAUUUUUACGGCAAAGAAAGGUUUUGCGAAAAUGUCUUUAGACAUUGCGUCAAGUGUAGCUUUUCAUCCCAACAGACAAGCGAAUGGGGAACUUGCUGUGUCAAUGUUAAAAAAGUGGCUGUCAUCAUAUGGUCACCCAUCAACAACCGGAGGACCAAUUAUAGCUUCUACAAUCACAAUUGAAGCCAUUCAAGAUCUGUUGCAUUCAAGCGGCUUCCCUAUUGAAGCGCCCCAACAUGUAGACUUGUGUCCUGGACCAUUUGAAGACACGCAAUUUGAUGCAGUUGUGGAUGUUGAGACCUCUGAUGAUUGUAUGAAUGAUGGAGCUGUUGCAGAUCUGAAAUUUACAGACCUUGACGCUUGUUCAGAAUAUGGAUAUGGUGGAUCUGACCUAUCAGAUGAUGAAAUCAACUUUUUCCAAGAUCUGCCGCUGAGUCCUGACUCACCAUUGCUCUGUGAUUCAGCUGAUAUUGACUUUGGAUUUGAUUCGGGAAUUGAGGCUGAGAUGGAUGAACCUCAUGAUGGAGCAGAAGACAAGGAUGGGAAAAAAGAGGAAGGAAAGACUUGUGAAGACAAGAAAUCCACUGAUGAAUCAAAGCCAAACGACAGUCAGAAUGAGCAGUCAAGUGCAAUAAAGCCAGUAAACAAGGACACAAAAGCAAAGGACAAGAUGAAGAGAGUAACAGAGGAGAAAGAUGUUGAGGAUGUUAAGGAAGAAGGCGAUGAUAAAGAUGAUGAAAACGAAGAUGAUCUUCCGCACAUUCACUGCCAAUACCUGUGGGAGUUCCUUCAUCAGAUUUUGCUGGAAAAACAGAAUAAGUAUAUUGCAUGGAAAAAUCAAACCAAAGGAGUGUUUCGUCUUCUUGACCACAAUGGCUUGGCCCGCCUCUGGGGAAAACAGAAGAACAGAAAAAAUAUGACAUACGAGAAACUUAGUCGUGCUCUCAGAUACUACUACAGCAAAAACAUCCUCAAAAAGGUGCCUGGUCAGAGACUGACUUACAAGUUUGUUCGAAAUCUCAAUGGAAAGAAGUAUCCUAACUGAGCUAGAUGCCAUUAAGUUGAACAUUGUAAUCAAUCGUACGUGAAACGAAGUUUGCUUAGUAAUCCGAUUUUGCAGAUAAGUGCAAGGAGUGAUGAAUUAUGUCUGCUAUUUUCAGAGCCUCUGUUUUCGGAUGGUUUUCGGAAUACCAUUGCCAGUUGAUAAAAAGCAACGUUAAGUAAAGAAUACCUCUAGAUUCUUAUAGGACAGGCAGAUAUCUCUAAUCAUAACAGCUGAACUAACUUUUAACCCCCCCCCCCCAAACUUGGCGUUUUGUGUGCAUUUGUAAAUAUUACAUUGACAGUUCACACCCCAACUCCGUAUGGUUAUAUUCUCCCCAAUGUUUUCUAUACAUUUUCUAAGAUGCGGACAAGGAGAAUUUGACUAACGAAGCCUCCUUAGUUAGUGAUCAUUUCUU